GGUUUGCUGGUAUUGACUUUUGUGCUUUCAUGUAUUUCUUCUUGAUGAAGCACGAUCCAGCCCUAAACCAGAAUUAGUUCUAAACCAGAACUUCAGUGCUGUGAGUUCAAGGGACUCCGGAACUAAUAAAACCGAGAAAAAUUUGGCUAGAAGCUAGAUAAUCAGUAAAAAAACUUGGCAUGUCCAUCUUAAAGAUGAAAUAAUGAUAUGUAGGUAAGCUACCCUUUUUCCUGCUCUGGGUACAUUAGCGAAUUUCAUAUUAAAGUCACAACUAAACACAUAAAUCUAUAAACAGACAACCUUUACUCCCCCUUUAAGCUAUUUUUUUCUAAAUUGAAGGAACAUUGCUACAAAAUAGAAGGAGCCUUAAGUAUUAAAAAACCGCUGUGUUACCUACAAACAUGACUACAGCAGUAAAACUUACUCUUUAAAUAUCUUGAAAAAAUGAAUACAUUUUUAAAGCUAAAACUACCAUAUUCACCUCUGAUAAACAGUGCAACAAAAAAAAAAAAAGGAAAAACUUACUAGUUUCUUCAUCAGAAAGAGUUUUAUCUAACAAAAAAGAGCUUAGUUGUGGAUGGGAGAUGUAUAUGUAUGUUUGCAAUGCCUCUUCACCCUUUGAUUGGCCUGUUUGAAAAUCACUUUCCAAUCAAUCAACAACUUCAGAUACUUAAAGGUGGGGGGCAAAGCUGGAAUAAAUUAAUUAAAGUAGAUAAGCAGCUAGUGAGAAAUAGUUACGAGGUGUAUAAGGAAACAGCAGAUUGGUUACGCACCCGUACCAUCCAGCGCCCAAAGACUGCCAUCAUCUGUGGAUCUGGACUGGGAGGUCUGGCUGAUGUGCUGGAUAACAAGACAGUCUUUCUGUAUGAGGACAUCCCUCAUUUCCCACGGAGCACAGUUGCAGGGCAUGUUGGCAGAUUGGUGUUUGGAGAGCUGAACGGACAGCCUUGCGUGUGUAUGCAGGGACGUUUCCACUGUUACGAAGGAUACUCUGUCAGCACGGUCACUUUUCCCAUCAGGGUCUUCUUUCUCCUGGGGGUGCAGAUCUUGAUUGUCACAAAUGCUGCUGGGGGACUCAAUCCCCACUUCCAGGUCGGGGACAUCAUGUUCAUAAGAGAUCACAUCAGCUUGUUUGGCUUAGGAGGGCAGAAUCCGCUGUGUGGACCAAAUGAUGAGAGGUUUGGAGUGAGGUUUCCCUGCAUGUCAGAUGCUUAUGAGCAAGAUCUGCUUGGCCUGGCGAUGAAGAGUGCACAGGAGCUUGGCUUUCUGAGCUUCAUCCAAGAAGGAGUGUACUGUCAGCUGGCUGGUCCUUGCUAUGAAACCAUUGCUGAGUGCCGCAUGCUGCAGGUGCUGGGAGCAGAUGCUGUAGGCAUGAGUACUGUCCCAGAAGUAAUUGUAGCCAGGCACUGUGGCCUCCGAGUCCUUGGGAUCUCCCUCAUCACCAACAAAGUGGUGAUGAACUACAACAGUCAAGAGAAAGCCAACCACAAGGAAGUGCUGCACGUCUCGGUCGUCCAGACUGAAGCCCUGCAGAAAUUGGUCACACAUCUCCUUGGAAAGCUGGGGGAAAGCACAAACUCUCUGUGACGUCCAGCCAUUUAUCAUUCAAUUGUAACACGUGAACGCUAGCAAGUGCUGAGGGAGAGCUGUUGGUGAGACUGUCCCCUUCUGCUGUCCUGAUUUUGAAUAGACCUUUUGAUCUUUGUCCCUGUACUUUAGCUGGUCAGGUGCAGAGGUUUGCUUUGAAGUUUGCCAGAAUGAUCACCUUGGUAGCAACCAGUGACCAAAACAGCUUUCUGGCACCUAAACAAACAGCGUCUGACCUCUGGCAUAUUCCCUAACCCAUAUGUCAGCAAUGAGCCCCUCAGUACCGUAAGCUCCAGCUCCCCGACAUUCUGCUGCAGAGUGUUUGCUGUUUCUUGCCCAUGGUGCUGCCUCUCUCAGCAGAAUCCUGCCCUGAGUCUCUGCUCCUCCAUUGCACAGAGUCCCUGCACUGUGACUCUGGUCAAGAGUGGUUGCAGGGCUCGGUGCCUGCUGGGCAUGCAUUGGUAGGACCUGAUCUGAAGCUGGUGGAAGUCCACAAAAAGAGUCUGUGUUUUGGAUGAGGACCUGGAUAUGUAAAAUAAACUAGACUAAAGAUGACAUCUGUCUGGAACAAGCAAUGCUGCAAAGCAAGCAGAUUGCAAUUGAUUUUACAGCUUUGAAAACCAUUGCAUCCCCAUGCAUGGUGUCGUGUUCCCUUACCACCCCUGAAGGUCUCUUCAGAAAGGCCUCACUUUGCUCUCUUCUUGGCUCUUCAUGAGCAGCCACAGAGCUAAGUAGCUGUUUGCUACAAUGCAGCAUGCCCCUAACACCCCCUCAUGCUUCUCUACUCUGUUUCCUGCCUUGAAUCACUAUUGCCCUGUUUUACAGGGGGAGUAAGUACAGCUUGGGUGCGAGGCAUGACUUGUCCAUACACAGUGUAAAAGCGGCCAAGUUCGAAACAGGAUCUAGGUCCAGCUCUGCCUGGUUUUGUUCCUUCUGUUUCUGGAUGUUUCUGACAUCAGCAGCUUAAGCCACUUGCACUGGAGACCUUUUGGUUUCCCAAGACAGAGAGAUCAGUUUGACCCAGCGUUUCACCCCAGCUUUGCUCUUCUGCAGUGCCUGCAGCAGAUGUUGGAGUACCAAUAGUUUGUGAAGGUUAGUGGUGUGAAAUUACAGUGGAAAUUAUUUUGGAACAGGUAUGAUACUUUUCUGGCUUUCCUGGUUCUCUUUCACAAAGAAAUUGAGCCUAGCAGUGAGUAAAGGACAAACAGAAGAGGCCACCAUGCUCUGUCUUACCAGCAUGCCAAUGGUCUACCAAGGGAGGGUGACUGUUCACCAGAACACUGCAUUAUUCAUUGUUUCCCCAAAGGUCAACCUGAACUGUGGAUGCAGCUGGAUGUGAGACAGUGACUGUAAUUACUAGGUAACCUUUUUCCUUUCAUUUAUCUUGGAGUUCUCUAUACAGCCUAUCACUGUCAUAGCUAAAUAUUUUCAGCUGACACAUUGGUCUGAACUGAAGACACCCAACUGGUCAUGGAGAGCUCCCCAUCUGUCUUCUAAAAUUCAGCUGAUCAAUUGUUUACCAUUGAUGCUCACUCUCUGUUGCGGCCUUCAGCUUCCCAUGUCAUUUCUUCAGCUCUGGGCACAAAAGGGCAUUGUGGCCUGGUGUUUGCUUGAAGCUCUUUGUACUGCAACUACUUUUGUCAACUGCACCAAUUAAUGGUGCAGAUGUUGCCACCAGGAGGAACAGAGUUGUGCUGUUCAUGUCCUCCAUGAAAAGGUAGCACUUCAGGUGUAGGAGAGAUCUUGGGGUGGCCACCCUGUCUCCUUCUCUUCCCCUGGGUGGGGUUAGCUGGGGUCAGGCCUGACAAACAUCUGCCCAGCCUGGUCUUGAGGGCUUCUGGAGGGCAAGGAUUCAUUGCCUGUGCUCUACUGGAUGUCACUUGUUCAGCAACUCCUGGCAUUUGGAGGAGCACUCUGAGACAGCAGCUCUUUCUGUUUGGUGGGUCUGACUGUCAAGACAGUCUUAGAGACCAGCUUUGGUGGUGAUAUGCAAAGGGAGAGACUGCAGGUCCCUCUUCCACAAGGCUGUUGCCUUUUCAGGUCUAGCAGGAGUGAACUGCUCGUCAACAGUGGCAGCAAAAGCAGUGAAAUAUGAGAAGUGGCAGAUGUGCAGAGCAAGAAGGAUCCACUCUUACCUUCUCCCUUUUCAGACUUGUCCCAAUAUGGGCUUGUUACAGGGCAGAGAGAGAGCAGAUAAUUUCCCUUGCCUAGAAAAUGGUGCUUCACAUUCAUCUAAUUAAUACUUGGUAAAUACAAAGUCUCUCAAGUGUGAGUGGAAGACAGCUGUGCAGCUGGCUGUAGCUACAGAGCAGCCAGAGUAGCUAAGGCUGGGAUUUCAGCAGACUUCAUUAAUUAGAGUCAGGCUGGACUGCAAUAUGAAGGGAAGCAUCCAAAAAAACCUGCUAUUGUGCUGGUACUUCUUAAGCCUGGCUUGAGAAGUCAAGGGGCUUGGCAGCAGCACCUGCUUUCAGUAGGCUGGGUGCACUCCUCUCUCUGGCUGUACUGGAGGCAGAGUGUGAGACCUGGACUGUGCACUUAUAUCUGAAUACAACCUAAAUACAACUUAAAAUUUAAUCAGAAAAUCACCAUGCAAGUAAAUUUGUGAAAAAUUAUGCCUGUUCUUAAAGAAAUAUUUUCUAAGUAGCAUUUGAGCCCUCUAACAGUCUAUCUUUUUUCUGCUGUCGGAGGUUGACUUGGAUGGCUCACACUCUGCAUGGACAUCCUGAUUUUUGUCCCUGUAAAUGAUGAGAGGGGAAGAAGCCUUGGGAGCUUUGGAAGGGUUUGGGUAUACUUUUAAUCCUUUCUUUUUUUUUCCUCUGAAGGCUGAAAUAUAAUGAUGCAAGCGGGGAAGAUGUGAAGUGAAAAAACUGGGAGGAAAUAAAACCUGCUGUGAUCCUGAAAACAGUGGGUUUUGUUUGCUGCACCAGUACCACUGAUUAGAAAAGUAAGAGUCACUUAGCUGUACCCCUUGCAUCCAACCCCUCAGCUGGAGGACAGCCCUGGGGGACCAAAGCACUGAGGCUCAAAGCUCAGGAUAAUCAGGACCAAUAUUUGCCCAGCACUUUACACAGGUAUUUCUUACUGAUCCCCCUGGGCUGAGGAACUCAGAUGAAAGAAUACCAGGAACCAAAGGACCUCAACUAACUUUUGAGUAGCUGAAAGCUAUGAUGGGCUGUAGUGGUACUGGUGCAGCAAGUCAUCCGCACCAGAAGCAGGAUGCAGUUUCCUUGAUGCUGCUCACUAGGCAUCCUGUGGGACACGGCACUUUGGCACGCUUCUGCUGUUGAAUCCUGUGCCUUUUAUUUCAUGCUCCUUGGUGCUUUCUGGCAAUGCCAUGGCUGAAAUGAGUAGGUGGUAACACAGUCUCGGCUUCCUUUCCACUCCUGUACUCUAUGCCACUUAUCUAAUUAUUAAAUUUAGGCUAUUACUGUCAUAAGAAUAAGCUGGAAGAUGGAUAAAAAGCUAAAAAACCCUAGCAAGUAGAAAAAGAGAACCCCGAAUUGUAUGGCUAAUCCUGGCUUUUUCAGUGCUACGGUCCUGCUGGGAAGUGGAUACCACUGGCACAGGCAGCCCCGUGCUGCAGUGCCUGUGGCAGGGGGGACCCACGGAAGGCCAGAGAAAACUUUUCAGGUCAUGGGCUCCUCCUGUUUCCAGUCCCCUGGAGAAGAUGGAGGUGUUAUUUUGAUACCCUCGUGUGAUUAACAUAAAAGUGUGAUGUCAAGAGGAGAGAUCCCUGAUACAACCCUUGGCUGGACCAUGUAAUGAGUUUUUAGAGAGAGAUCUCUGCUGUUAUCCGAGAAACAAUGCUGCAACCUCCCCCCAAAAGACCUGAUUUUGUGACCUGUCCGUUUUCCUUUGCAAGGCUCAGUUUCCCAGACUUUUUUACAUGAGAUUUUGCUGUUUGCAGUCUUUUCUACAUAAAAGUAAAUCAAAAAGUUUUUUU